AUGGAGAAGUAUCCUCGCUGGCUCGAGAUUACGGCGUUCCUGUUCAACGCGUUGACGCCGAUGGUGAUGGUGUUCUAUGCGUGGCUUAUUUACGAAGGCACGUACAAGGAUAGCUCGGAAGACAUGUUCGGUAACAUGACUACGCGUAACUACGACUCGAACGUUCGCCAAGGGAUGACGUUGAAGGACAUCACCGGCAUCGACAACGUCAAGGCGGAAAUGUUUGAACUCAUUUCCUACUUGAAGGAUUUCGAAAAGUACAACUCCAUGGGCGCGCGCAUUCCCGCAGGCGUGCUUUUGUGCGGUCCGCCCGGUACGGGUAAGACGUUGCUCGCUCGUUGUGUCGCGGGCGAGGCAAAUGUGCCCUUCUUCUCAUGCGCUGGUACGGAGUUUAUGGAGAUGUUCGUCGGCGUCGGAGCCGCGCGUAUUCGCAACUUGUUUGAUCAAGCCAAGAAGGUUGCGCCGUGCAUCAUCUUCAUCGAUGAAUUCGAUGCCGUCGGCACGAAGCGUACUGAGACACAAUCCGGUCAGGUUUACGGUAACGACGAAGCGACGGCGACGAUCAAUCAAAUGCUGACGGAGAUGGACGGUUUCUCGACCGCCACGGGCAUCAUGGUGUUGGCGGCGACGAACCGUCCGCAAGUACUCGAUCCUGCGCUCAUUCGUGCCGGUCGUUUUGAUCGCAUCAUCGAGAUGGGUCUGCCGAACAAGAAGUCGCGUCAAGAAAUCUUGUUCUUGCACUGCAACAAGCCAUCGUUCGCGUCGAGUGUCGAUCCCAACUUGGACUACGAGUACCUCGCCAGACAAACUGCCGGUUUCAGCGGCGCCGACAUCGAGAACCUCACCAAGUCGGCCGUCAUGCGCUGUGCGCAAGGCGAGAAGGCGCUCGCGUCUACGGGUGACUUCUUUUUGGCUCGCGAUAGAAUGCUCGAAGAUACCCUCAUCGCGCAACUCGACGCGUACGAACGAGACUCGGUGGUGAAUUAUUACGCCGCGCAGGCCGUGGUCGCGAUGCACAUGCCUUCGUACGACGAGAUUAGCAAGGUGACGGUGUUUAACGGUGGUGUAGCCACGGGUCAAAUCGUCUACGUGCCGGAUGAAGUCGACUCUCCCGCGGCUCGCACGGUGCGCUCCAUGGAGUAUUACGAAGCCAAGCUGUGCGUACUCCUCGCAGGCCAGAUGGCGGAGCGUUAUUUGUACGGUCCCGAGAACGUAACGACCCGCGGCAUGCACGAUGUCGCCGCUGCGACGAAUUUGGCGUGCGAAAUGGUGAUGCAGAACGGGUGGAGUGAUUUAGGUCCCAUCGCCCUC